CGUCUGCUGCCGCCGCCGCGCGCUGCUCUGGUGGAGAUGGAGGAGGAAGUCACUGCUGGAUUCUGACAACUGUUGCUUUUGCCGCCGCCGCGAUCACCGCCGCCACGGAACCGAAGUCCCCGUCAGUGCGCGCUGCGCGGCGCAUGUCGGACCAGAAUGAAUCCUCCUCCGAGCCGAGACGUUCAGCCUGGAUCAGUGUGCAACUUCAUGGGAUUCCAUUAACUCCUACAUGUCUAAGGGAGGUGGAGACGACUCGCCACCCCCUCCCUCCAUCCUUGACUGAAAUCAUCAACUAUUUUUGCACACUUGAAGCAAUCCCAAAGCACUUGAAAUGGAGGCCUCUGAAGACUACAGAGCAAGUAACGGACAGUGCUCUCCCGGUAAGGAGAACUCGAGAAUGUUGGCGGAUAUGUCAGCACCUAAUGGACAGACGGUUCCUCAGGGUCCUAAUUCCCCCAGUGAGCUCACAAUAAAGCAAGAGGAGGAAACUGCCGAAGAGGCCGACAACAGCAGCCCGGCGCCCGAAGAAAUAAGCCAGGCAGGCGACGAAGGAGCGGCGCUGGAGGAGUCCAUGAGCGGCAGCCCCGGCAACACUCAGGACGGCUUAUCUGGGUCAAACGCCACCGCUGAUGGAGGAAAUCGCCAACCAAACGGAGACAGGCCGUUCCAGUGCAACCAGUGCGGUGUGUCGUUCACCCAGAAGGGAAACCUGCUGCGACACAUCAAGCUGCACACGGGCGAAAAGCCCUUCAAAUGUCCCUUCUGCAGCUAUGCCUGCCGGCGGCGCGAUGCCCUCACCGGACACCUGCGGACUCACGCAGUUGGCAAACCACACAAGUGUAACUACUGUGGGCGGAGUUACAAACAGCGCACAUCUCUGGAGGAGCACAAAGAGCGCUGCCAUAGUUACCUGCAGGGCAUCGGCUUGGAUCCCUCCACCAACGCUGGCCCUUACACAGGCGACAUCGUGAAAGAGCCGAGGCCCAUGGCAGAGGUCAACUCCAUGCACGCCUUCGAUCGGCCUCCUGUCAUUGAAAGGCUGCACAGCAACGUAGGGAAGAGGAAGAGCACCACGCCACAGAAAUUUGUGGGUGAGAAGAUGGUUCGCUACGGCUACCCUGAAGUCGGCUACGAGAUGGGCCUGAAGUAUGAGAAGCAGGCCGAGCUGAUGCCGCCGCACAUGAUGGACCAGGCGAUCAACAACGCCAUGACAUACCUGGGAUCGGACACUCUGCGUCCCAUGCUGCACCACCCGGGCCCUCCCCUCGCCAUGUCGGACGUGGUGCCCAUGGUCAACCCCCUCUUCCACCACGUCCCGCUGCUGGGCCACCGUCCCGAGCGCAACUGCGACGCGCUGCCGUCGCAGCCGCCCCACCCGCACGAGUUCCCCGGCCACCCCACCUCCAACGGCCCCAGCGCGCUCACCAGACAGGGCAAGCUGCCGCCCCACCUGGGGAACGAGGAGUCGCCUAGCAACAGCGGCGUGGAGUCCGCCGACUCGGCUCGCAGCAGCCCUCAGGACCGGCCGGGUUACCAUAGCAGCGGCGCCCCUCCCGGCCUCAGGUCUCAGGCCAGUCCGGCGGUGGUCUACUCAGGUGAGAGAGUCCGAGACGCGUCUCCCAGGAGUGCGGCGGGAGUGGGCGGCGGCGUGGCGCGGGCGGCCGCCGAGAGGCCGGCGAGUCACGAGGGCGUGCGGGUGUUCGGACGAGAGGGUCACGAGCUGCGGGCCUUCCAGUGCGAGCACUGUCGAGUGCUCUUCCUGGACCAUGUCAUGUACACCAUUCACAUGGGUUGCCAUGGAUACAGAGAUCCGCUGGAGUGCAACAUCUGCGGUCACCGGAGCAAAGACCGCUAUGAAUUCUCCUCUCACAUAGUCCGCGGUGAGCACACUUUCCAAUAAUCAGGACGGGGGAAGACAAAAACAGUGAAAGGAGCAAUAGCCUGACGUCCUUCCUCGUCCCCUGUGAGACUGCAGACUUGAAUGGCACUGUAGACAAGUGUAGCACAAUCACAGACUCCUCUCUAAGCUACUUUUUGUGAAUCUGAACAGUUGAACAAUCACAUGAAGGUACGGGCCAAAGACACAUUUUCUACUUAUUUAAUUAAUUAUUACACAAGAAGGAAGGUACUCUUUUUUUUUUUUUUUUUUUUCUGUCUUAAAUGAAUCGAACAACAGAGCAGCUGUCACGUUGGUUUAAAGAGGUUGUUUUUUUAUUGUCUUUUUUUUUCUAAGACCUCUUAAGAAGACCCCCCAACCCCCCCCCCCCCCCCCCCCCCCCCCUGCAUUUUUCGCUCGCUGUGCUUCUUGUUGUUCGCUGUUGAGAUGAAACGGUUUUGAGAUGCUGUAUGACAGGAGCGUGUUCCUGGUGUGUGUGAACUCUGUGCUGUUGGUAAAAAUGAGUUUCUAUUCUGCAGUAGGUAUACUCAAAUUCUUCAGUCCAAACAAACCGAACACGUUGGAAUAUUACUGGUCAAAUAAUGUACUGAAAAAAGUAAAGCAUCCAGUCGGGAUUGUAAUGUUUUGUAUCCAUUUUAACUCAUCUAUCAGUGGGUUAUUGAACAAGUACAUUAAUACUUGGACUGCUGUAGUAACUAAGCAGUUGCUACUUGGGAAUUGAAUGCAGCAUUUACUUUUUAGAGACAGUCUUUGAGAAUUUAAAUAAGUUAAAGGUAAUGCACUUUUUUCAGACGGGUACACCAGUAGAAGGCUUGAAUGUAAUCUGUAAAGAGUGUCAAUACAAGUUAGAUACAAUUAGAAACCGGGAACAAAACUUACAUUUACGAAUGUAUUUUAAAUUUCAAGACCAUUACUUAAAUGCUGAUUUAUUACUGUAUCAAGAGCUUUUAUUUAUUUAUUUUUAACAAUACAGUAACAAUACAACUUCCUCAGCAAAUGGCCAGUGCCCAUCAGCAUGGAGCUUUCUUUACAGAACUCCAAAGAGAGGUGUCAUCAAUUUAAUUACCUUUUAAACUACAAAUGGUGAAAUAUGUCCUAUUUUAUUUGUUUGUUUUUUUUCCCACAAAUUUUAAAUGAUGUGUCAAAACAUCCAUAUACUACACUCCGGUGUGCUGUUUCAUGGAGUGUUCUAUAAAGACCUACAAUUAUUCUGUCAGAUGUUUGACACAGUUAAACAAACCACACUCUGUAUGUCAUGCAUGUUCUCAACCAACGCUGGAGACAUGUAUCAGGAAUUCUUUAUGUGAUCUCAUCAAAAUCCAGAUGUAUUGAUUUCUAUAUAAAUGGAACAAAAGGAGAACUUUGACAUCACUGAAUUAAUGACUGAAUGAAAUAGGUUCUAAAUUGAGAAAAUUAAACAAAUAAAUGUUUCUGUGAUAUAUUUUAUUGUGAAACAUACCACAAAUCUUUCUAUUUGUAGGUUGUGAAACUGGAUUUUCUGCUUGUAUUGACACUUUAUGUCAGUAAUAUAUUCAGCCUCUUUUCAACUUUCCACUGACAAAAAUGUAUUGAUCAUGAAGCAGAAGCACACAAGAAGAUGCACAAGAAGAGUGUUCUCCAAAACUUGUUGACCUCAAAAAGUUUCAGCCGUGACCGUCUCCUUUUCAUCGUUUCUUUUCUCUGCAUUCCGGAGGGAUCCAUACAAACAACUGGCUAUUUGUUUAGUCCCUGUGUUGCUCCUACACAAAAUAUUACAUCCCAUGGUGACUCAGUUGUGGUUAAAUCUCUCUUAGAUAUACACGAAUGGUUUAGAAGGGAGAGAAAAUAAAAGCUUGUGAAAAACUUUUAAUUUUCACAUCUUAAAAAAAAAAACAAAAAAAAAAACCUGAAGGACAUUUAGCAACUUGGCUUCAUUAAUGGAAGCGGAUUCAAAAGCGGACAAAGAUGCAGCUCAGCAUCCUCUCUGAUGUACCUCACUCUUCAUGCUGUAUUGCUUUUAUUUUUUUUUUUUUUUUUAUUUUUUUCGAUUGAAUCCAUCUUGUAAUGAUGGCUGGAUGGCUGGCUGUAUGUGUGUAUGUACGCGUGUUUUAGCAAAGCAGAUACAUGCUUGUACUUCAGAUCUUAAUAUCAUCUUUCAUUUGAUUUGUAGAUGACAAACAUUACAGGGAAACAAAAAAAAAAAAAUCGACAUUUUACUGAAGCUGAAUUGUUGUCGAAUGGUAAUUGCGUUGGCUUCCUGUUGUUCUCGUGUGAUCUGAUUUAUUUUUUAAAAAUGGCCUCUCCUGCUCCUCACGAACAGCUUACAGGCACGUGCGCGUUGCUUUGAUGCUUGUGUGUGACCAUUUGCAAAGAGGAUGAGGAAAGAGACAGCUUGAGCAAGCGGAAGAGUCAGGGCAGCGUGGUUUGUCGUCGCACUGCCCUCAAGGUACUUACCAAAACUGUGUAGCAUUCCAGAUCACCUCUAGAAACCUCUCACAUUUGAAGCUCCUGUGUAUUAAAAUGUAAAAGUGGGAGAUUUCCAUCUCCCGAUCACCUGCAGUACACUGAAGGAUUACAGGUUUUGAUCCAUGAGGCCAGUUUCUCUCCCUGUGAAAGGACUCGGAUAAGACUGGUACAGUUGAUCAUGCACUUUAUGUCUCUUUGUAGGCAGCGAGUUCUUUUGUUUUGUUUUGUUUCUCAGUUUUUUACGGUGAAGUUCAGUUACAAUGGAAGCCGGUGAUUGACAGAACACAGGUCAGUCCUUUGAAGAACAAUCUCAGAGCAAUCUUCAUCUUCACGGAGGUUUUUCUGCCGCCCUGUUUGAUCAACACAAUCUUUUGUUACUGUUUUACCAAUGUACAAGAAGUUUCCAGCAUCAGACGCAGUCGAUUAUGCUCGAAGGUUAAACUCAGUUACUUUUUUUUUUUUCUUUCUUUUUUUUUUUCACAAUAUAAUCAAAAGGCAGCUUUUUGUCUGUUUACACGUUGCUUCUUUUAUGCGCAAACUGGCGCCCAGCUAGCAUUAAAAAGAAAAGAAUUGAAAAAAAAACUUACUGUUUGUAAAGUGUUGGCAUUGAAGAUUGUUUACAUCUUUAGCUUUGACGAAGUCUACACAUUCCUGUAUAUAUUUGUUUUCUGAAAAAGCCUUAGGGGUCCUCAAAAAUGAACAUGCCCUUUUAUUUCUCCUAAUACUGAUUUGUUUUCUUAAAUACUUAUUCAGGAGAACAAAAAUACAAGGAAAUCAAUUAAAAAUCAACAUUUUUCAGUAUUUCUCCUUCUUUCGGGUUUCAUUUGGGCUCCGAGAACCUUUCGCUCUGUCUAUAUAUUGAUAGACUGAUUUGGUUUAUCAUAUUUAUCUUGUAAAAAAGACCGUAAGGGCUUGUUUCUAUAGAAAUUUUUGAAUUGAAGCAGCCAUAAGAACAAACAAAGGUUGGAAAAACAAAAAGCGAGAGACGACUUUACUUGAAAAUCAUAUUCAUUGUUGCAAACAGUGGGGAGGAUUUUUUUUUCUUUCUUUUUUUUUUUUUUGUAAAUUUUGACAGUGAGUGUGCUAAAUGUCUAUUUUUCUGCUGAAAUGUUGAUACAGAUAGUUUUGUGACCUUUGUGUGUUUUAAAAAAAAAAACAUGUUUACAAAAAUGUAAAAGGCAGGGUUCCGGGUGCAUUGUAUUUUUUAAAGAAAUAAUAAACUGUAUAUUUUGGCAUUGCAUAUCAAAAUUAUACAGGAACGUGUGCUGAUUGAUCAACUCUGAUAUGGACUGCAACUUUCUGAUGCGAGGGCUCUCAGGUAUUUGCAUAGGUCGUGUAUUUUUAUGUCCUAAAAUAUGUGAUUUAUUUAUCAAAAGGAUGCACAUCAGUUGAGUUUCUUGGUUUAUUCCUCUUGACCUGAAUCAAUGUAACACUGAAUGCGGUGAAGGAAGUCGGACGAUUGUUUUUACAUCAGUGACCUUAAAUGAAGACACACUGCUGUGAAGAACAUGUAUAUUCUGAAAGCAUGAGUUUCUCCUGAUCAAAGAAAUGGUUUUGCUCUUUCGCCUGUUUUGUGGCCCCUAAAACAGGAAAUCUAAUGUACUCUUGUAUCAUUUUCUUCUGACCAUGCAAAAAUGUACUUUACUUGCAAUUAAAACAUUUUAUUGUUGAAAAUCGG